AGUGUAAGAAUUGGCACUCCUCUCUCCUACUACACAAGACACACGCACGCAUACGUACACAUAGAAGCGCACAUGUAUUCAUAUACAUAAUCGGUACAAACACACACACACACACACGCACAUAUAUACAGACGCACCGCAUACGUAUACAAGCGUGCAAUGUGCGCGCGCGUGUGUCUGUAAGACAAAUUGUUAUCAGUGAAUAAGAAAACUCUCGUAAAGCUGUUUCCUCCUAACAAAAUCAACUUUAACAGCGGUAAAUAAAACAUUUCCCUCCAUCGUGGAUCAGAGAAGCCGUCUUGUAAAUCGGACCGUCUCGUCAGCUUUCAACACAUUCUUUUUAAUGCUUCGAUUUCUUAUGGAACUCAACUGAUCGCCCCGAAGUUGCUGUAAGACUGUCAUGGUGGUGUGAUGGAUAAACUGUGCUCUGUCCAAAGUAAACUAAACUGUAUCUUUGAAAUUGCUGUGACAAAUGAACCAAGCAGCAAGCAUUCUAACCAAUUGUACAUGGUGUCAGCGACUGACAAGUUGCGACCGGAUGCUAAAGGACAUAAUCUGGAGACUGCUCUUCUGACAGAGAAAGUCGAUGGCACGUGUGCCUACGUUGCUGAAUUCAAAGACAGGCCAUGGUUAUGGGCCCGUCAUGACAGAAAACCCAAGAAGUCUGCCGAGAAAGAAUUUCGUAAAUUUCAGAAUGAGCAACUUGAUAAAGAUGCCACGUUUCAGUGGAAUUUCGAGCAAGACUUUAAGCCUUUUCCAGAGCAUUGGAUUCCUGCCACAGGUGUUGAAGUGAAGGAUGGCGUUGUUUAUCCUGACCAAAAUGGACACACACCUGGUUGGGUUCCUAUUGAUGUGAACAGCAAACAAUACUGUUGGCACUUGGAAUCGGUCAAUUUGAAGCAAGGCACAGCAUUACUGCUCAAAGAAACAGAAAACACAGCAUUAAAAAUCUGCCUGGUCCCUUUGAAGGACAUCUUAAACCACACUGCCGAAUUAAUUGGCACAUCAGUGAAUGGAAACCCCUAUGGUCUUGGGAGCAAGAAAUUCCCAUUUCAUAUACUUAUCGUACAUGGUUCCAUAAAAGUUAGUUAUACCAGUGAAAUGAAACGAGAGAAUUUCUUGUCUUGGAUGAAGUCCGAUCCGAAUGGAGCUGUCGAAGGAAUUGUGUGGCACUGUGAUGAUGGGGCAUUAUUUAAGCUUCACCGGUUCCAUUUGUGCACCUCCCUUCCAUGGCCUUUACCAAAGCCAGCACUGUCAAACUUAAGGCCCGUUUCCAUCGACCUCAAUGUCGAUCUUUUGGAUGAAAGCGACCGUGAAAACAACAUGCUGAAUCGGUUGUUGGAGUACAAUGGACAUACUUUUAGUUCACUGAUUGAAAUGAACACUGCUCUGUUCACUUGAUGAAAUGAACACUCCUCUGUUCACUUGAUGAACACUGUUGAGUCUGUUACACAAUGGUUCAUAUUACCCCAGUCCUUUCUACUCUCUCAUUCUUCCUCUAAUUUUCUCUUAUUUUCUUUCUUUCUUUCUCUCUGAAAGAUUUGUGUUAUUUUUUUCAAAGUAUCUAUUUUUACUAAUUUUAACUUCUCUCCAAUAUUUUAAUUUCCCUCCAAAAUGAUUUGUCAUUUCUGAGAAAAUUGUUAUAGUCUUCAAAUUUGUUACAGUUUAUUUGCUCAUUUAGAUGCAAUGCGUAAUUGUCUAAUCAUCAGUGCUCUUAUUUGUUGGCAAUGAAUGACUCCUUCACAAUGAACAAAACCAUUUCUGAUGAAGGAUAUAUAUAUUUUAAGCAUUUUUUUUUUAUUAGAUAAUGACUUUCUUAGUGAUUUUCCCAAUAGAGUCUUACUGAUUGGGUUGGGUAGGAGAAAAAAAAAUGCUUAUUCCAAACAAGUCCAUUCUCUAAACAAGUUCUCAUCUUGACUAUCACUUCAUUCAUAACCACUACUUUCUCAAAAAAAAAAAAAAUUGAAAUCCUGAGCCCAAACCAACAUGAAUGACAAUUGUUGCAACGUUGGAGAUUGUUUUUAUGUUUUUUUGUAGUUUUAAGCAUUAAAUUUGUUUAGAGAAACAUAAUAGUUAAGUUCUUAAAAAACUGCAAAAGCAAUUAGUGAUGGGUUUGAAACCAAACUGGUGAUUGGUACAAGCCAUGCAGUGUUCCUUGGUUAGGCACAGUUCUUUUAUUUGCUUAUUUCUAUAACAGCUGUGAUAUUUAGAAUACUACUUUUUCCUGCUUUAGUAGUAGUUAGUAAAAAUGGUUAGCAUUUAUGAAGCAAUGUCAACAGGCAACACUAAAAUGUUUGCUCCAAAUAUUCCUGCAAAAAUCCCUGCAUUUUGAAUUAUCCAAAUUCGUCCAACCAUUGUUUCCAUCAGUACAAAAUCACACAUACAGAAAUGUAUGCACCUUCUCCUCGACUUACGGCCGUCUGCACCUACAA